UGGCACACAUAUAAUGUGUGGGGAAAUUGGGUGCUAUACUGACGUCUCUCCUUCCUGCUACUAUUGAUUACCAUAAAUCGGUAGAAAAUCGUAGAGCAAUGCCAUGAAAUUCUACUUCUAGGGUUUCUUCAAGGAGUAUUUCAAGCAGAUUCUGUUUCAGCUGAAAAGGAUGGUAAGCAGUACUCGAUCUGCAAAGAAGAAUACAGAUGAAUUCGUUGGUAAUAGUUCGAAGAAAAAAAUGGUUAAUAAAGAACAACAAUCAAACUUGACUACAGAAAAAGCUGAUGUCUUGGGUUUAAGAAGGUCAACUCGGGAAACGCAAUCGUCGAGACUCAAGACUCCAAGCCCGCAAAGUACUCGGAAAUCUGAGCGUAUUGAGAGGCAGACACCACCCUUAAUUCGUCCAGUGAAGAGGAAAUCUGAUAGAAUUGAGAAACAUAAUCUGACGAGUACCCCAAGGAAGUCUGACAGGUGUAAGAAAAUUAAUUUGCCAAGUUCUUCAGGAUCCAAGCAAUCUGGAAAACGACUUAGUCCAUUAAAUUUGAAGAAGAAGGAGAUCAAAGAGAAGAGCCUGAAACAGUUGACAGUGGAAUCUAGGAAAGCUGAACCUGACCUGAACUCUGUUGGCACGAAAAGGAAGAAAAUGGAUGCUUGCAGUUACAAGGCCUUAUUUAAGCCCCAGAAGAUAAAAUAUUCCAUGCCAGAUGUUGCUGAAGAGUUGCCGAGACAAGAUAAACCGCCUGCAGUUAUUAGUGGAGGAAUUAGUUCGGAGCCAAUAGGAAAGAGCGGGGAGAGCAGUGGAAGGGUGAUACAGAAUUUGGCAAAUGAAUCUUCCGGUACAGCUUCUGGUGUGGAUGUAUUGGAAAAUGAUAUUGACGGUAAAUUGUCACAAUCUUUCCCAGCACAUAGUGGUAAUGACGAGCCUUCUCAACCUCCAGAUGGAGAUGGUUUGAAAAACGUUGAGAUUGGUUGUACUAUCAUAGACAUACUUGAUGACGAAGAAAGGGCUCCUUGUUCCUCUAUUAAGAAUGUGGAGGUUACAGACUUAAGAUCAGCAGAUGGUUCAGAAGAUGAUGUCCAAUGCAUACAGCCAAAAGGUAUAAAGCAUAUUGACAUGGAUUUAGGCCUUAGCUCAAUGCAUGCCAGCAAAGAUGUUUCUGUGAUUUCAGGGAGUGUUCCUUCAUCUGGACGCGAAGUUCAUCACCUUUUGGGGACUUGUUUCGUAUGUUUUAGAAAGAAAAGGCUAGAUUAUGAUUCACCAGAAGAGGAGCUAUGCUCUUGUGGCGCAUCAUCAAACGUGUAUUUAAAUGACUUCCCUAAGGAUAGAGGGGAUCAGGAAGCUGCUAUUUACUCUGAAUCUACUGGAAGAUGCAGCAGUGGUGAGCAGAACGAGACACACUCAGAUCAUCGAAGGGGUGGUCCCAAGAAUGUGUGUCUCAUCUGCAAUCAAGGUGGAGAGCUCCUGUGCUGUAUUGGAAAUAGAUGCAAGAGAUGUUACCAUCCGUUGUGUCUAGAUCCUCCUUUAAGUGAUGUUCCACCGGGAAUGUGGCACUGUUUAUGGUGUGUGAAGAAGAAGGUUGAAUUAGGCGCCCAUUCAGUGUCACAAGGUGUUGAAUCAAUCUGGAAUGCUAGAGAAGUGGAGGUACCGAAUGCUGAAGGAGUGCAAAGGCAGAAGCAGUAUCUUGUUAAGUACCACGGCCUUGCCCAUGUCCACAACCAUUGGGUGCCAGAGAAACGAUUGCUUCCUGAAAAUUAUUAUCUUAUUGCAGAAUUUAAUUCAAAACAUCAGGUUGUAAGGUGGAAUGCAGAAUGGACAGUGCCACAACGUCUGUUGAAGAAAAGAUCAAUUAUCUUCCCUAGACAACAAAAUAAGCUUCAGAUCACACCUUCCAUUGAUAUUUCAGAUUGCCAGUAUGAAUGGCUUGUGAAAUGGCAUGGUCUUAAUUACGAGCAUGCUUCAUGGGAGUUAGAUAAUUCUUCCACACUAAGCUCCCCUCAAGGACAGAACCUCAUGAAAGAUUAUGAAAUUCGUCUUCAGAAGGCAAAGAGAACAGUUGACAAGAGUCAAAAAGGAUCAUAUUUCGAGCUCUUAGAGCUUCCGGUAGGAGGAUCACUUCCAAAUUCUUGCAAUCUAUUGAAACAUGUGAACAAGCUGCGCCAGUGCUGGUACAACAACCAGAACGCUGUUGUUUUUGAUAACCAGGAGUGGGCAAUGACUGUGAUUUUCUUUGUUCUAUCUUUGACUGAAGUCUGUCAGCCUUUCCUCAUGAUUGUGGCGUCAGAUGCAAUUUCUCAAUGGGAAGCUGAGUUCACACGACUGGCCCCAUCCAUUGCUGUCACAGUUUAUAGUGGAAGCAAAGAUAUGAGGAGAGGUAUUAGGACAUUUGAAUUUUAUGAGGAAGGGGGUUGCAUGAUGCUUCACGUGCUCCUAUCUUCUCCAGAAGCUGUUUUUGAGGAUUUAGACAUAUUGAGAUGCAUAAGAUGGGAGGCAGUUAUAAUUGAUGAGUGCCAGCACUCUGGGAUAGAAAAUCAUUGGGGACAAAUUAAAAUGCUACCUACAGAUUCGAGGAUACUUCUUUUCAAUGGUCAAAUAAAGGAUACUGUGUCUGAGUAUCUUAAUCUACUUUCAUUGCUUGAUUCUCAUGAUGAUCUGCAUAAAUUUAGAGGCUUCAAGUCCGACACAAUUGAUAAUCUUGGUAAACUAAAAGAGAGGUUAUCACAUUUUAUUGCUUACGGGAGCAUUCCUGAGUUAUCCAAGUUUGUAGAGUAUUGGGUUCCUGUUCCAAUGUCGAAUUGCCAGCUCGAGCAGUACUGUGCCACACUUCUUUCAAAUUCUAUUCCUCUUCGAUGUUGCUCCAAAAGUGAUUCUAUUGGGGCCCUCCGUGAUAUUCUUUUUACUGUCCGAAAGUGUUGUGAUCAUCCGUAUCUCGUGGACUCCUCUGUACAAGAAGGCUUGAUAGCUGAGGGGCGUGCAAAUGAGCUUUUGGAUACUGGAAUUAAAGCAUGUGGCAAAUUACAGCUUCUUGACAUAAUACUUUCAGAGAUAAAAAAUAAAGGACAACAAGUGCUCAUACUUUUUCAGACAGUUGUUGGCUUAGGAGGGGCAUCAAUUGGAGAUAUAUUGGAUGAUUUUAUGCGUCAAAGAUUUGGUCCAAAUUCUUAUGAACGUAUUGAUGCUGGCGUUGCCCCAUCCAAGAAGCAUGCCACUGUGAAUCGUUUUAACAAGAAGGAAACUGGGCAGUUUGUUUUCUUACUAGGAAAUCGUGCUCGUUCUUCAAGCAUUAAGCUAUCAUCAGUGGAUAUUGUUAUCAUAUAUGAUAGUGAGUGGAAUCCAGCAAAUGAUUUGAGGGCGCUACAAAAGAUAUCCUUCGAUUCAAAAUUUGAGCAGAUCAAAGUUUUUCGGUUAUAUUCAUCCUGUACUGUUGAAGAAAAAGCUCUACUUCUGGCGAAGCAGGUUGUAAAUCUUGAUAACAAUCUGCAAAACUUAAGUAGGACCACUAGCGAUACUCUGCUUAUGUGGGGUGCUUCUUAUUUAUUUAGCAAAUUGGAUGAUUAUCAUGCUGAAAGCAGUCCUACAUCUGUUUCAAACAUUUCCUCAGAGCAAUUGCUUUUGAAUGACACUACCAAGGAGCUCUUGGCCAUACUUUCUGGAAGCUGUGAUUCAGGUUCUAUCAUUUCAAAAGUUCAACUGGGUGUUGGACAUUACAGUAUAAACCUUCCCCUACUGGGAGAGGGAAAAAUUCAGUUGAAAGAUGGAGAAGAGGCUCAUGUUUUCUGGAGAAAUCUAUUGGAGGGUAGAAAUCCAAGGUGGAAGCAUUCGUGUGGGUCUACUCCACGUAAUAGGAAAAGAGUUCAAUACUUUGAUGUAAUAAAUAGGAACCCAGACACUGAGAGUGAUGAAGUUGGAAAGAAACGUAGAAAGGUUGCAAAUGAAAAUGUAAAUCCUGCCUCAAUUCAAGUUGAACUCAAAGGGCAUCAAAUGAAUCUAGCUGAUGGUUCUAAUGGAGGGUUGUCUAAAGCCAUAGCCACCAACAAGUCCCUAUCUUUGGAAGAAUCAACUUCUUGUCGAAUUGACAAUGUCAGUCCAGAAAGCAACCCAAAUUUUAUGUGUGGUCAGAGCUUUUUCGAUCCUGGAGUCCAUGCAGACAAACCUCAGGAAACAGUAACACCAUCCAACGAGCAGAAGAACCUCCAUAUUUUACUAAAAGGAGAGAUGGAGAGACUCUGUCAAAUCCUUAAAGUUUCGGGAGAUGUCAUGCAUAUGGUGGAAAGAUUCCUUGAAUAUGUCAUCAAGAAUCACCAUGUCAGUAAUGAAUCACCAACCGUCAUUCAGGCUUUUCAGAUAUCUCUGUGUUGGAUUGCAGCUUCUAUCUUGAAACAGAAAAUCGAUAAGAAGGAUUCACUCAUGAUAGCAAAACAGUAUCUGAAUUAUGGAUGCACUGAAGAACAGGCAACCCAUGUUUAUUCAAAGAUGCGGCUGUUGAAGAAGAUGUUUUUGCAGUGUUCAGAGAACAAGGAAUCUAGAAAGGAUUGCUUGUUAUCGACAGAAGAUAUCAGCAAAGAAUCAUGUAAAGCUGAUGCAGGGAUACCACAAUAUUCAGCAGUUAACUUGCAAAAUGCGAAAUCUGAUAUUGAAAGAUCAGCAAAUAAAGAGCCUUCUGGUUAUCUGAUUGUUUCAGAGCAUAAAAAUCCAAUGAACGACAAAGUUGCUGAAAGUGAAACUGAAGAAAAGUUAAAGAAAAUCCAGAAAAAGUGUGACAAGCGGUUGAAAAUACUUAUUCAGAAACAGCAGGACGAAGUUAAGAAAUUCCACAGAAUUUGGGAGGAGAAAAGGGAGCAAUUGGAGAUCGAACACAAAUUGGAGUCUGCCUGUAUCCGGUCUAUACAUGGUCAAGGGUCAGUAGCGAUCGACAAACUCCAGAUUUUGGAUUCUGACUUUGCAAAGAAAAUGGAAGAGUUCAAGCGCUUGAAGGACAUGCACGUUAAAGAUCUUGAAGCAAAUCAGUUAUCUGCAAGGAGUUACGAGAGACAAAAGGCAGCCAGUUGGUUGGCCAAAGCAAAAGCAAAAGCCUGCCAUAUUGAACUUAUAGUUGUUGAUGAGCCAGUUGGAUCUCAAUCUGAAGACAAGGUUGGAUGCUCUGAAGCCCAUGCACAUAUUACAAUCCGUGCUCCUGAAAAUGCUGCCCCCAUCUCUAAAAAGCAUACUGAAGACACAAAUCCUAAUGAAGAUGUGCAUCUCGUGCAAGGGAAUGUUGUGGCGCCAUCUAAUACGUUUGUCAUUGCACAUGCUGAGGCUGUAGGUAGUACUCUGCCUACUGAAACUGCCAAUCAUCUGUCAAGUAUAACUUCUGAAAGGGAGUUGGGGACAUCUUCCUUUGAGAGGACAUUGAUUGCUGAACUGCCCUGUGAAUUGAUUCAUUCAGGUAAUACCACUGGGGAGAUGGCUUCUGGGAACUUGCCUGGUUCUGGAGAGCUGGUUUCUGUUGAAAUUCCAAUGGUUCAGGUGAGUGAAGAGAUUCCAACAGAGGUUCCUGCAACUGUUUCUGAAGAUGUGAUUCGUGUUCACCCUGUAGAACAUAUUGAUGUUUCCGAUAAGUGUGUUAAAGGAGAUAUAAUUGAUUCCAAUUUAUCUGAUGAUGUGAACCAGAGAGAUGGUAAUGAGUCAAUCAGUGGCUAUCAAAGUUUGGUAGAACAAUCAUUGUUACCUCCGACAGGAACAAUCAUUGCUCCUUCAGACGGUUCUUUGCCCCCAAGUCAUGCACUACUAGAAAGUUCAACAUCUGGGGAAUUUCGGGACGAAGAUGCACCAGUCUCAGAAAAUGAAAGUGCUUUGCAGGUUGAAGUUGCAAUCUCCAAACAUAUUGACUCUGAAAACCCUGCACCGUCUAAUGAUCACGUUCCAGAAUAUCGAAGUACUUUGCAGGUUGAAGAUGGAAUCUCGGAUUGUAUUGACUCUGAACCCCCUACAGAGUCUAAUCAGGCACUGGUGACCGAGAAUCAUGAGCGGCUUCAGCCAGUUUCCAUUGAUGUAUCUCUCAGAUGUGAUCAAACACCGGCUACUGGAGUUGAACAUGAAAACCAUGAUAGAGAAAGAAUCCUAAUUCCAGAAACUUCUCCUCAAUUAUCUGGGGAACUAGAAUCACUUCCAUAUCAAACCGCAUCUCAAAAUGGGCAAGAUUUGGUAGAGCAUCCUCCCGUUGCUCUUAUGGGUUCAACUCUUGAUUGCCAUCACCUUGAUUUAGGAUUAGUUAAUCAAAUUGAUCACGUGCCAAAUAGUGAAUUGUUUGCCUUCUCCCAAAGUAAUGCUUCUAUGCCCCAAGCUGUAGUAAAUACGGCUGAACUUCCAAAUCAAGUUAUUCUGCAAUCUGAAGUAGAUUUAUAUCAUGCUCGCGGAUCUGGCGACCUUACAUCUCAGCCUACUUAUCAAGUCCCCACUUGGUAUCCAACUUCAUCUUUGCAUGCUGAACCACUUCAAAAUGAAUUACUAAGGAUCAGUAAAGAGACAGAAAAGGCAGUUAAAGUUCAUGAAGAUUUGAAGUUGUUGCUGAAAUCUGAGUGUGAGAAGGAGAUACAGGAAGUUAUUGCUCAAAUACAUAAUAAAUACGAGGCAAAACUUCAUGAUGCUGAAACAGCAUUUCAGCUGAAAAAGAAUGAACUUGAUAAGAAUCAUAAUAAAGUUCUUAUGAAUAGAAUAUUGGCUGAGGCUUUCAGGUCUAAGUGUUUGGAUCUCAGGCCUUCUGGGCCUCCAGGAAUGCAGCGAGCUAUGUCUUCCAGUUUCAUGCAGCAGCUAUCAAUGCAACGCCCUGUGAGACACCCAGUAUCUUCAGUUUCCCAACCUCAGACUGUGGUUCCAACUGUACAGACUUCACAACAGCUACCUUUGCCAAAUUCUACUGUACCAUCCCCCGUCUUUGGUUCCUCUUCAAGAAGCCAACCUCGGAUUGUGACUCCAACUGUACAAGCUGCACAUCAGCCAUCGCUGCCACAUUCUGCAGGACCUCCCCCUGGCUUUGUUUCUUCUUCAAAUUGCCAACCUGUUGCCAGCCAGCAUAAUCCCACUCCAGCCGUACAAACUGUACGCCGUGCAUCAGCUCGUUUAUCAGGCUUACUGACCAGACCACCACUCAUAAGUGCCAUCACACCUUCCACGGGUAAUCUGCGCGUGGGAGAGGUCCGUUCUCCAGCCCCACAUCUUCAACCUUUCCGGCCCUCAACAUCUGCCUCUGCAGCCAGUCUCCCUUUGCAUUCACAUGCUAUGCCUAGCCAGCAGUCACCAACGCCCCGUCCUGCAACUUCUCCAUUUUCUCAGCACACCCCUCAACAAACAUCACAUUCUCAGGUGCUGCCAUUGCCGACAAUAAAUCCCAUUUCUCGUAAUAGACCUCAGCAUGAAAGUAGGCUGUCAGCUCCUCAUAACUCGUCUCAGUCUGCCGUUCAGUUGCUUAUGGACAUGGAUCAACGUCCUCUUGUACAUGGACAUAAUACUUUUGCAACUUUACCAGAUGUUGGUACAAAUUUUGGUUCGUUGGAGCAGUCCAACCUUGAAACGCUUGGUAAUGUACAGGGUACACUUCCCUCUUCAGUUGCUACAGAAGACGUUGUUUAUUUGUCUGAUGAGGACUGAUGUUUCAGAGAGCUGUACCACGACCAACUCCACAUUUACAAUGCUAACUUGGAAGGUAUGAUUCAUUUUACAAUGCCGACUUCAUGUUAGGUUCGAACUGUUUUUCAUUCAUGUUUGGUCGAGUUGAGAAGGCCUCCAAUGGUCUCUCAACAUUUUGUAAGUCUACAAUUUUAACGAUUUCUUCCUUCGUCCAUUGGACUGCCAGCUCUGGUGUACAUCGUAUUUUUACCCAAUGUGUGUAUUUAUGAAAUUCAGUUUCUUUGACUUUGAAAUGCAUAAAUGAAUUUUGUCGAGUGAUUUA